GGUUUCGAACUUGCAAGUUGCAGGAUUCCACAAGCACGUAGGGCCGGGUUCGUACCAAACCGCGGAAGUUCAACCGGCGGGAGGAGAUAGACGACUGAUCACCGAUCGAUAGAUAAUGGGGGCGGACGGCGACGACGACGACGGCUGCCAGUGCCGGCCACUGGGGCUCCUGAUCGGCCUGCCGUUCGCCGCCCUCGCGCUCGUGCUCUCGCUCGUCGGCGCCGUCGUCUGGAUCCUAGGGUCGGCGCUGAGCUGCCUGUGCCCGUGCUGCGUGUGCUGCGCGGCGGCGGCGAACUUGGCGGUGAGCCUCAUCCAGAUGCCGGUCAAGGUCAUCCGCUGGUUCAUCAGGCAGAUCCCCUGCUAGCUACGUAGCUCACAGGCACACCGGCUAUAUAUAUGGGCUACGUUUCCAAUGUCACCGUAGCAGUUCUCUUGUCUUCAACCUCAUAUUUUGUGAACGAGAAACCGGCUAUGUCGUGCUUGUUUCCAUUUCCUUCUAGCACACAGGACAGGACAUGAGUGACAGUACAUGCCCA